AUGUCGCUGGCGCGUACACUCAACGUGAUCCGCAAGGAGGGGAUCAAGAAGUUCUGGAGGGAUCUGAACUACAUUGGUGAUGCCAAGUCUGGUCGUCUUGUCGGCAUCGAUAGGAACGGGAACAAAUACUACGAGAACCACGAGGAGUUUAACCUGCGCCAUCGCUGGAUCGACUAUGCUGCGGACAACGAGUUCAACGCCUCGCAGGUGGAUCCGCUGUGGCACUCGUGGCUGCACCAUAUCCGCAAAGACCCCCCACACCAGGACGCAGGCAUCCAGAAGAUGACCCAGGCGUGGAUGACCGCUCCACGAGAAAACGUCACUGGCACCCGCGGCGGCUUCAAGACGUACAACACCACCAAGCCCAAGAUCUCCGCAUGGGAACCCAAGGUCGCCCACAGAGGCUAG